AUGACCAUCAAGACUGCUGUUGAGUAUUCCAGUAUGCAAGUGCCUGAGACCUCAUUCCACUUAGGAGAGCAGGCACCAAACUUUGAAAGGAAGCUGGCUGGGUAUCUGAAGGCCUCUCUCUUGUGCUGCCCUGCAGGGAAACCCAUCAGCCUGACUUACCGGUGCCCCUGCAGAUACUUUGAGAGCCACGUCUCCAAGUCCCACAUCAAGCACCUCAAGAUCCUGACGGUCCCUGGCUGCUCCCUUCAGAUCAUUGCACGACUGAAAAAUAGCAGUAAACAGAUCUGCAUCGAUCCCAAGUUAAAGUGGAUUCAUGAGUAUCUGGAGAAAUACCUUCACAAGAGAGUCAAGAUGUAAGAGAGGAGCGCUGCAGGAUGCUUCUCGGUAGAAGCCAGAGAUAUCCCACUAUUAGGGAAUGAUUUUAUAUGCAGCACAAUGUUUCAUGCACUUCCUGAAUUUCUUUUUUGCACAGAAUGCCUUGUCUUUGCCAAUAUUGUUUGAUGUAGCAGGAACUGAUACUGCUUGAUUUUUUGUAAUCACUAAUUCCAGUAGCAGCAAGUUGUAUGAAGCAGAAUAUUAAUCCCCUUCUGCUGUGCAGAAUCUGGGCACUGACACCUUGAUAUGUUUGCAUGGGGAAGAACUAGGGAGGGGGGAAUACUUUUGGGAGAAUUAUUCAAAGGAUGAGGUGUAGUGGCCAAGACUGUGUUAUGUCAAUGGCUGUUUUUUGCAUAUGCAAGAAUUAUAAAUGGUGUUCAUGUAGCAGGGGAGGUAUUCAGAUACGCUUCCCCCAUCAUGAAUGAAGAUUGAAAAAGGACCGUUAUUAGAGAGUAAGAGACAUAGUCAGCAUUCCUAAUAUCUUCAUUCACAAUCAGAGAUUGAGUACAUAUAGAACAGUGUUUCUCAACCUUAGCAACUUUAAGAUGUGUGGACUUCAACUCCCAGAAGUUCCAUGCUGGCUGGGGAAUUCUGGGAAUUGAAGUCUACACAUCUUAAAGUUGCUAAGGUUGAGAAACACUGAUGUAGACUAUUUUGAUUUCUUCUCAGGGAACCUGAUCCAGGCCAUUAAUGACCAAAAUGUGUGAACCACAAGCUUACAUAUUUCAAUAGUGGCAACUUCUAAACCUUUUAAUGGACAUUGUGGACUACAGUAUAAAAUAGCAGAGCAUUUUUUUUUAGUUGUGGUAAAAAGUAGCUUUUGAGAGUCAGCCUACAUUACAUUAAAUGCAAAGCAAGAUGUCUUCAUAGCCACUUUCUUUUUACUUAAAAAGAAAUAUAGUGCCUCCUAACACAAAUCUGUACCACUGAGAGGUAAUUUUAAUCCUUUCUCCCUCUUUUAAUCACCCAAAGAGCAAUAACAUAUUGCUGUCCAGCAUACAAAAAUGGUGGCAGUGGAAUUGUUAUUGGUGACUUUGAUGGCCUUUAAAUGCAGCUUUGAGUCUUAAUUUAAGGACCUCCUGUUCUUAAAUUGGUUUCUGCCCUUUUCACUUUGUCCCCCCCCACCAUUCCUUACCAGAAUAACCAGCCAAGAGAGGGAGGAAAAAUGCCUAACCCCCCACCCUGCUUGAAGUGAACAAAAGAAAUCUAUGUUGUACCCCGAUUAACAUAUAUAUGUCAGGGAGCAAAGGAAGAAAUGCACAUUAAGAUGUCACAAUGUAAACUUCAUGAUUUAUGUACUUGUACAUCUUUCAUUAGGGCACAAGAACAAGAAGCUGGGGUGGUUCCUGUUGUGAUGUCGAGACAUACAUUUUGUUAUUUUUUUGACUCUGUGGUUUGUGCCAGAUGGAGCCUAACAUUAAUGGGAAUGAAUUAAUUAGAAUUAGAAUUUGAACUCACAAAGAGGGAUGAUAUUAUUUCUAGAAGCAAAAUGUAGAAGGGAUGAACCUCGUGUACCUAUGAGGUUCCUAUGAGACCCAAAUUUUAUCUUCUGAACAGUUGGAAGAUGGCUUGGUAGAUGUUAAUGAGAAAACAACCAGAUACCAGCAUUCGGAUUUACAUAUUUGUCAUACGCGUAUCUGAAAAUGCUGUCAUCUGAAUAAUUUGUAUGGAGCCUCUGCAUUUAGCUAAGGAUGAGCAACUUCCAUAUUCAGUAUUUGAAUCCAGUUCACGGUGGGAUAAAUAGGAAAGUACUUGUUUAAACUGCCCCAUGAACAAUCUUUGUAUUGCUGUAUUAACCCUAAUAUGCAAAAAUAUUUACCUUUCUUGUUCAAAAUGAAAUGCCAAAGAUGAAUUAGUACUAGGUAAUCUGUCUUAAUCAGCAUAUUCAAACACAUUUUUCCCAGUAUUUUCCAUCUACAGAUUCAAUAUACCAAAGCAGAGACAUAUCAGUUCGUUACUGCUGAAGAAUCGUAAGAUGUUUUGCUCGUAUCCUGGGGAGCAAUUUCUUGUAGCUAGGGGCUGAAACAUUGAUUUUCAGGAGCUUGCGGCCCUGAAGUAGGUGGAACCAUAUUUUGCAGGGAAUCUUUUGAAGGUUUUUUAUGAUUUUCAACUGUGAUGUGCCUUGUUUGGGGGUUUACACUACAGUGUUUGUGUGUUCCCCACCUCAAAGUAAACUAUGCAGUGAGUUUUCAGUAGCUACAAUAAUAAUAAGAAUAAUAAAAAAAGGACUGCAGUCAAGGCAGCCCCAGAUUAUCCACCAAUGAGUUAGAUGAUGGGACUUUGGGAGGUGUACCAUUGUGGACUGGUGGAGGUUCAAUCAUAUCUAACACUGCAGGCACGUGCACACGCACAUACACACUUGCAACCUUCUAGCCGUAUCCAUUCCACACAUAAUUGCAUGCUUCUGGCCCUAAAGGAUAUAAUGAGAUUAUUCUGCACGUUCUGCUACAGUCCUAAACACGCUUGGCAAAGUUAAACACUAUUCAACUCAAAGUAAUCCAACCUUACUUUGGAUUAUGUAGGAUUCUAUGUUAAUAAUAGGAAUUUGCUGGGCAGCUAGUACAUUUGGAGGCUAUGCUACGUAUUGAGAAUGCUAAUUAAUGCUUCCUAUUCUUAAUUAUGCUUUUACUAAGGAGGAAAUGAAUUUAGCAUUCAAAAAAACAUCUCAGAACACACAGGAAUAGGGUCGAAAUUCCAGAUGCUCCAAACGGAUGUAUUGGAGCAGUUGAGGGGGGCAUCUGUACUCAGUGCUUGCCCAAGGGUAUUGAUAGUCAAAGAUCAAUAUUUUUGUUUCUCAGUAACCUAUUUAAAAAAAGGCAUGAAAACUGCAAGAGAUAAGAUGUUUCAGCAGACACUUAGGUAGGCAAGGUAAAAAAACGGGCACAUUACUGGGUUACAGAAAUCAUGUCCCUGGCAUUGCCCCCUUGGCCUACAUUCAUGCAGCAAUUUCAAAAGCCCUUGGGAAGAGAUUGGUUUCGAUCCUGCCCUGCUGUUGCUUAGGAUAGAGAAAAGAAGGCACAUGAGAGAGAGGCAAGCGAGGAUCAGAUGACACCUUGGUUUGGCCUGUCUCAGCCCCAUCUCAAACGCACACGAGCAACCGAUUCCCUAAGGAAGAACGCAACUGUCACACCUUGAAGGAAGAUCGGACCAGAGUUCAAUAGCGUGGAUCGUUUUCAGGGCAAGCAGUAGUUAAUGCUGUCAUUCUAUGGAUGACCUAAUUGGCACGCCCACAGGUUUUCCCAAAAUAAUGUGAAAAAAAACUUUUCAUCUUGAAAAGAAAAUGUAUAACUACUUUAUGCUAUCUGUUUUGUAAAUAUACGUAUUUGCAAAGUAUGUAAGCACAUGUUAAUUUCUGAAUAAAGUUUGUAUUCAAUUUUA